AUGCAACGGUUGCUUUUGCUGGUGACAUGGACUUGGUUCAUGAGCCAGGUUCUUUGCAGCGAUCUUUCGAACCUUCUGACUCAGCUUCCCACCUGCGCGGAGAGCUGUGUUCUAGAUUUUGUCUCAGCGUCUUCUUGCGGGAUGAAUGCGACAUGUCUCUGCACCGAUCCGAAGCUCAAGGACGACGUGCUGCCAUGCGUUGAGAGUCACUGCCUGCCCAGAGAAGCUCUCGCUGCGAUAAAUUCGACCUCGGUUGCAUGUGACUUCCCCAUUCGCGACAAACACGAGCAAUUCAAUAUCCUCACUAUAACGUUAAUUGUAAUUACUGGAAUUACAGUCGGCCUUCGAUUCCUUGAGAAGAUACGAUAUGGGCCUGGACUCCAGCCUGACGAUUACGUUAUCACGGGCGCUUUUCUGGUGAAUUUAGGCAACUCGAUUGUCUGUUUACAUGGCCUCUCCAGGAAUGGCCUCGGGCGGGAUGCGUGGAGAUUUAGUCCAGAUACAGUCACGGCUUACCUAUGCUUUCUUUACGCUGGUCAAACACUUUACGCCACGGACGUUUUUGCAACCAAGAUCUGCGUUCUGCUCUUCUACCUCCGUAUAUUCCCAGGAGUUACGAUUCGAAGGCUUAUAUGGGGGACUGUUGGCAUAGCAGUGCUAUGCAUGAUUAUCUUUGAUCUACUAGCCCUUACACAAUGUCAACCAAUUAGUUUCUACUGGAAGGGCUGGGACCAACUGCAUAAGGGCCAUUGUAUAGGGAUUAACUCAUUAGCAUGGGCCAUUGCUGCAGUUGGAAUUAUUCUCGAUUUCUGGAUGCUUGGAAUCCCAAUCUCUCAACUGAUUCAUCUCCAGAUGAAAUGGAAGAGGAAGCUUGCAGUUGCCUCUAUGUUCGGUGUGGGGACUUUUGUGACGGUUGUCAGCAUCCUCAGACUACGUUAUCUGGUAGCGUUUGGCAAUUCUUCAAACCCUACAUGGGAUAGUUUUGAUACAUGCUACUGGUCCGUUAUAGAACUCAAUGUUGGUAUUUGGUGCGCUUGCAUGCCAAACCUUCGAGUUCUGAUGCUCAAGACAUUUCCGAGACUGCAAAGCUCAGUCGAUGCUACCCCCAGAAGCCACCAAUGCAACUCAUCUGCAGCAGGGCGGCCAAUAAGAGUGUUGAGCAAUGCGCCAGGUCUAUCUGACAACACCAUGUACAGAGUGAGGUCUGAUCAAGGGCGCAAGGUCGACGGUUCAUCAAGCACAGCUGAGUUGGUUGAGAUGACGAGAUUCACCAAUGAAACCAGAAGUAGUCUAGCAUAG